CGGGCGGCCGCGGAGGAAGCUGGUCCAAGAUGGCGAGUGUGAGGUGUACCCUGCCGCGGCGGCUGGUGGGCCUGGCGUCCCUGCGGGCUUGCAGUCUGCUUUUUGAUCCUAAGGAGAGACCACUUGAGAAUUAAACAGUCAGCACUUCAUCUAUGGGCGCUUUCCCAAAGCAAGUGAAAAUUGUGGAAGUUGGUCCCCGAGAUGGUCUGCAAAAUGAAAAGAAUGUUGUACCUACGCCAGUGAAAAUCAAGCUGAUAGACAUGCUUUCGGAAGCAGGACUUCCUGUUAUAGAAGCCACCAGCUUUGUGUCUCCCAAGUGGGUGCCCCAGAUGGCUGACCACACUGAAGUCUUAAAGGGGAUUCAAAAGUUUCCUGGCAUCAACUACCCAGUCCUGACCCCAAAUCUGAAAGGCUUCGAGGCAGCGGUGGCUGCUGGCGCCAAGGAAGUGAGCGUCUUCGGAGCUGCCUCAGAGCUGUUCACCCAGAAGAACAUCAACUGCUCCAUAGAGGAGAGCUUCCGGCGCAUGGGCGGCGUCCUGGAGGCCGCACGGGCGGCCGGGAUUCCCGUGCGGGGGUAUGUCUCCUGUGUGCUCGGAUGCCCCUACGAAGGGAAGAUCUCCCCAGCUAAAGUAGCAGAGGUCGCCAAGAAGUUGUACUCGAUGGGCUGCUACGAGAUCUCCCUGGGGGACACAAUCGGUGUGGGCACCCCGGGGCUCAUGAAGGACAUGCUGUCGGCUGUCAUGCGUGACGUACCCGUGGCCGCCCUGGCUGUCCACUGCCAUGACACCUACGGCCAAGCCCUGGCCAACACGCUGGUGGCUCUGCAGAUGGGAGUGAGUGUCGUGGACUCCUCUGUGGCUGGACUUGGAGGCUGUCCCUAUGCGCAGGGUGCAUCGGGCAACUUGGCCACUGAGGACCUGGUCUACAUGCUGACCGGUUUGGGGAUUCACACGGGUGUGAAUCUCCAGAAGCUCCUGGAAGCUGGGGACUUCAUCUGUCAAGUCCUAAACAGAAAAACCAGUUCCAAAGUGGCACAAGCUAGCUGUAAACUCUGAGCCCCUUGCCUGCCAGGAGCCUACCGAUCGCCUGGGGAUAGGGGUGCACGGGGUGAUUCCUCCACAGGGCAAUGGAAACAGAUGAAACUGCAAGGAGAGGCACCUCUCAGCGCACUCUGCCAGGCUGUGCUGGCAAAGAGGAGAGAGCAGGGCCCCUCCCCGGCCAGCCCUGAGUGGGAGUGCCAGGCUCCCUCCGCUAUGGGUCUGGUGACCCCUGCUUGGGAUGAUCCUUAAGUCUCACUCUGGCCAACCUCUGUACUGCCCCACACUGCUAGUGCUGGGCCAUUACUGCUUUCUUAAGGCAAAGGUGUGGAGCAGAUUGCUCAAAGCUGGCACUGAGCAUCUGCCAUCUGAUGGUGAGGGCUGGGGUUCUGUGGUGGCCAUGUGCCAAGACUAGUGUCAAUGGAAAAACUACUCAACAUGAUUUGUGAAAAUAGUUGAUGUAAUUAAAAUUUAAUUUUCCAAUA